AAAAUGUGAAUAUCAGGGACACAGUCCGCGUCCGCCUCUUUUGACCGCGGUAGAAAAGCAAGCUAAGUAGUACUUUCUUGUACAGCAACAGCUAGUAUCGUAGAAUAGCAAAGAACCUCUAGCAUUAUUUAUAUUUUUGCCCACAACUACUUGUGUGCAUUAUACUAGCAGGAACGAAGCUAGAACUCCAACUUUUACUUUCCCGAAGCAAAAACUUCAAAAGAAGAAUUGUACUCGUUCCGCUAAAGAUCAUUCUUCCCGCUCACCUUAAGAAGAACACACGGCGCAAUUCACUUUUUACUCUCCGAGGAAGUGAAGACAAAACCAAAAACACGAUGACCGGAAAAACACUUCCAGCAGUGCCUCGGUCGUAUGCAGAGGAAGAUCCUCUCUUACGGGGACGGGAUGAAGAAAAGUCGAAAACUUACCAUGCAGGAGGACCUGGUGAAGCUGCUGAGACCGAACAACUGAACCCCUCCGCUCGCAGUUCCCCCUGUCUCCCACUCUGGGCCAUACUGCUGAUCGCGUUUCUCUCCCUCGGCGCUGUGGCGGGUACGACGGCGGGAGUGAUUGUCGCGGUUAACCACGCGCGGAGUGGUACAGAAGGGAACAACGUCCCCGCUCCGCCUCCAUCUGCCGGAGGAGGCAAUGACGGGGGG